UGAAGAAAAAGUCUUUAUUAGUUUUGCAUUUUUAAUGAUAGAUUUGUGUAUUACCUAUUCUCAGAUCGUUUUCAACGAUAUGUCAGUCUUUUCAUUAGCAAUACCGCUCUCUGUUUUUGGGGGCUACACAGUCCUUUCACUUGUUUUACUUCGAUUUCCGACACUAAUCCAUCGGAAAAAGAUUCUGAAAUUCCGCAAAUCGCGAUGCAAUAGAUGUCGGCUCAUUGCUCACCGAGGAGGUGCAGGAGACAAUCUUGAAAACACACUAACAGCAUAUAAUCAUGCAAUGAACCUGAAUUAUGAUAUGCUUGAAAUUGAUUGCCAGUUCACCAAAGAUAAACAAGUGGUUAUCGUUCAUGACGAUGUACUUACCAGGGUCACAGGUCAACCAGUGUCCGUUAAAGAGACAGAGUAUGUUGAUCUACCAAAACUCAAUAGUUCUUUGAAAAUUCAAAUGUCCAAAGGUGAAAUAUGCAGGUCAGAGUCCGAGGACCGUGGUAUCCCUCUUUUGUACGAUGUACUAAAGACGUACCCGGGAGUUCCUAUCAACAUUGAUAUAAAGCGUGAUGAUGAUGAGUUCAUUUCGAAGGUUUCAAGUAUGGUUAAGGACUUUGAUAGAGAAGAAAUCACAGUAUGGGGAAACUUUAGAGAGAGUAUUGCCAAAAAAUGCUACAAAGAGAACCCUAAGAUUCCCCUUUGUUUCAGCGUCUGGGGAGUGACAAGGGUAGUGCUACAGUUCUACUUAGGCCUCCUUCCAUUUUGUCCAAUUAAAGAGCAGUUUUUAGAAAUACCUAUGCCAAGUAUAUUUACAAAGUACUGGGGUGAAGAGCUUACUAAAUUCCAACGAAUGCUUAUAAUUGUUGUUGACUUUCUAAUUAUGAGCAAGUUUCUAUUUUCACAUCUUAAGAAAAGAGGAAUUGAGGUUUACUUGUGGGUAUUGAAUGAAGAAGAGGACUGGGAGAGGGCGCUAAAACUUGGCGCUUCCGGGAUCAUGACCGAUUACCCAGAACAGCUUAAAAAUUUCAUGCAAUCAAAGAAUCAUAUACUCAACGACAACGAAGAGGAGCAUCUAAUCGAGAAAGAUGACCAAAGUGUCGCAUCUAAAUGAACACAUUGAGUGGCUGCUUCUGACAAGUGUCAGUUGUUACAAGUUGUGUUCGUAUGUAAAUUUGUGUAUACGCGCACCUUGUAUAUCUGUACUGACACAUGUGCUUUUUGUACUUACAAUCGUUGAUACAUAUUUCAGCAAACAUCUGUACUUGGAUUUACACUCAUCAAAAGUGAAAGUGUGAUUUUUUUUUUAAUGAUUUUGUAGGAGUGUUUUACCCACUUAAUACUUAAAACCAAUUUAGCAAUUUCACAAAAGUUCCACCAUUAAAAUUAGAUACCGAUCUGGAGUUCUUUCCAUUACAAAAUACCUGCCAACCACCCACCUGUGAUAAUAAGUAAUAAAUCACUAUCAGUGCUCUUAUGUCCCAUCAUCCAAUAAUCUUUCUGUCUAUAUACAUCUAUAUAGUUUGUCAGCUAUACAGUAUUACAUGUUUAUCUUAUAUCAAUCAAUCUAUCUUUACUAAUAGAUGAUAUAUAUCUUUUGCAUUUAACAAUUGAUUUACUUCCUUCCUGUGGUCUGCUCUUGGUACUGGGCUAUAUAUCAACAAAUCUACAGUCUAUAUGCAUAUCUAUAUAGCCAUCAAGCUAAUAAAUAUUCAUAUAAAAUUAUAGCCCCUCCAAUCGAUUUGGCUGAGACGUCGAGGGAAAAAAAUUUCAUACCCUGGACAAGGGGUCUUAAACCAUCUCUUGUGUAAAGGCUGUAGAGGGGUCUUAAACCAUCUCUUACGUAAAGGCUGUAGUUGGCAGCGCCCUGCCUUACCAUUUGACCUCUCAACUCACCCUAUUUACAAUUUAUAAUCUGUAUAAAUGACCAUAUACACAUGUAUACAUUAUAAGUAUGUAGAUACAAUUAUUGUUACGCCACCGUAUGUUGAGAAAUAGGUCUUGGGAACAAUUUAGUACAAAAGUAAUAGAAAUAUUUAUUAUCAAAACAAGUACACAAAUUUGUAUAUUUAAGAAGCUAAACAUUAUACUGCCCAACCACAGUGUUAUACCUCAUGUCUCAUAGACAGCAUAACCCUAGGUCAGUAUUAAAGGGGAGGGGGGUGAAUAUUUGUAUCUGAUACAAAAAAGGCCAAAUUAGUCGUGCAUAAUUUCUGCUUUGUGUAUUAUAAUUUUUAUUGCAGAUAUUCACUACUUCUUUCUGUCAUCUUGUCAAAAUAUGAUUGACAUACUAUAUUAGUGUAAACUGUAUUUUACCAGUUACACACCAUUUUAACCCAAAGAUCUCUUUUAAACAGUACAUUUUCUGAGCAGAUGCCCUUUCAGCCAUGUUAUUUCUGUGUUGAGUUGUGUUCCUCUGACUUCUUAAAAAAUUCUGAGCAAUAAGCUACAAUUUUAGAUUUUUAAAUAUAAAAUGUUUCAUGUUUUGUAAAGUGCCUAGAGAUCUGUGAUCCAUUAGGCACUAUGUAAAUGCAGUAUUGUUGUUGUUAUUAUUAUUAUUAUUAUUAUUAUUAUUAUUAUUAUUAUUAUUAUUGUGUAAAGAUCAUAUUUUAAAUGUCUAAUAACAUGUUUAGGAUUGUUGCGUGUUCUGAAAUAAUUAUUUAAUUUUUUUUAAAUUUUAUUUUAAAUUUGAAAUGUUAUGUAAUAUAAAGCACAUAUAUAUAUGCCUGCCCUCUAUACAUACACCUUUUUUAUUUUAUCUUCUUUAUCUGAUUUCUUCUUCAUAAUAGUCAAAAUACUUAUCUUUCUACUUUGGACUCAUGAAAUGAAAUAUUGUUUUUGUUUAACCGAAUAUACCAUACCCACCUUAUUGCCCAAUAACUACACUAAUUCAGUGUAUAAAACAUCCUACCAGUGUUAGGCCUACAGAUAUUACAGACAAUGAAUUUUGUAGCCAGAAUUCACAUAAAUAUACUUUAGAAUGUAGAAUUGUAAAUUGUUUUCAUUGUUCACUUUGAAGGUCUGAGAAAACUGGAUUAAAAAUUUGUAUAAUUGAAUGACCGUUAAAUAGGAUGGCAAGUAAGUGGACGUUUCCAUUCCUUGGAUAUUUUUGCUAAGGUCGCACAAAGGGACAGUUUAAAAACAUACACAAACACAUGCAUUUGUGGGAGGCAUGUUUUUGUUCAUUUUUAUUUUUUUUGUCCUAGGAACAAUGAAACUAACAAAAACAAUAUCAACAAUAUUUAUAUAUAAUUUUUUUUAUUGUUAUUAUUAACAAAGUAUUAUAAUAUUUCUGAAAUAGUUUAUUUUCUUGUAGCUAAAUACCAUUUUUAAAAUCCUUUUUAAAUCUAUGCAUAAUUUCUUUUUGCCAGAAUAAAAAAAAAAUCAUUCUUGUACUUGCUGGUAUGAAAAUGUUAUAUGAUAUCAGUGAUUUUAUUUGGAGUAUAGCUAUUUAUCGAAAUCCAGACAACUCUAUAUAUACUUUGUAACAUUUUCUGUAACUAUCCGUAUAUUAUUUUGCAAUUAUGUAAGUAUUGUAUAAUUAUUCUAUAGCUGCACAUGUGUUAUAAAAUAUA